UGUUUUUCGUGAUGUCAUCAGUAGUUUCAAUAUGGAGGACAGAGUGAGGUAGUGAUGGAAAUUUCGCUGUGUUUUGUUGAAAAAACAUGCCAAGGAGACGAUAUGGUGAAAUACCAUUACCUAACGGAUGGGAGAUAGGAUAUGCUGAAGAUGGAAAAAUAUAUUAUAUUGAUCACAAUUCCGAGAAAACCACUUGGAUCGACCCAAGAGAUAGUUACACCAAAGCACACACAUUUGCUGAUUGUGUAGGGCAGGAGCUACCGUAUGGCUGGGAGGAGGUCCAUCAUGCUCAGCUGGGCUCCAUAUUUGUCGACCACUCCAACAAGUCCAAUCAAGUUGAAGACCCAAGAGAGCAAUGGCGAUUGGUUCAAGAACAGAUGUUGUCGGAAUAUCUGACAGCUGCUUCGUCAGACCUGCAGCAGCGACAGCAAGUGCUGGGGGUUAAGCAGCACAGGCUAGCCUUGGCACGCCAACACUACCAUGCCUUACACCACAGCCUCAAUGCCAUGCAGUCUUUUCAUAGAACUGAUGGGGUCAACUCCUCUCUUCUGCCUGAGGCUGCAGGCUCUUCCUCUGCUCUUACAACAUCCAGAGACAGUGUGUACUCGGGGUCGAGCGCUAGCAGCAGUGCCCUGGAGCCCAGUCAGCUCAAGCUGGAGGUGUUGGCUGCACGGGCGCGCGUGGGGCGCCUCAAGCAUGAGCUGCAUCAGGAGAGACAGCAGCUCGCGUCCCAGCAGGCUGGCAUCAACACGUUAACUCAUCUGCGGGACACUGUUGCUAACAAGGAUGGCUGCAACUACACUGCUGAGGAGGCACAGGCUAUACUGGCUGAGGUGCGUAACAUUGAGAAUCUGCUGCGUGCUGGCCAGAAGGAGAAGCAGCAGCUACACCAGAGCCUCAAGCUUCUCGGAGAAGACAUUCGAUCCUUCAUAGAAGAUGAAGAGCCUGCUAAGUCUGGCCCUGCUGCUGUCACAGAACGUCUCAGCACUGCUUCUCAGACUGACUUUGGUGCAGAUCAUCUGCCGUUAGGAGCGAGACUUGCCGAGUUGACACGUCUACGUCUCGAGUACAACAGCGCCAAAAGUCAGCUGAAAUGCUACCAGCAGCAGCUCGCUGAUUUAGACUUGCGUUUGGCCACACUCGCAAACACGGCUCUCUACAGCAACCUCUCUGCUCUAACACAAACAUCUGUUGCAUCUUCAGUGAGCAACCACUUCAAUGUUGCGUCAACUGCAGUUGAUUCAAGAUGCUCGUCUUCCAAUGCACUCUCUGGCAGUGCCCACAGCUUACUUUCUGUUGCUUCGGGGUCUUCUCUCUCGCAUCAGACUUAUAGCGCAAUCACCACUCCAAGAAAUACAAUUCAGGAUAUGGAAAAUCAAGCUGCAAACCCAGCGUUGAGUAAAGGUUUAGUGUCGUCCGAGGCGAGCAGCGUGAGCAGCAGCGCGCUGAACAUGUGCGCUCAGAGCGCCGUGGACGGCGGUGCUGUGCAGCGGCAACUUCAGCUGCUGAGUGAGAAGGAGCAGCUGCUGCAGGAGUGCAAGAUGUUUCUGAGGCAUGCCAGGGAUCCUUUGCAAAUAUUAGAAUUAGAGAAUAAAAUACGCCAUUUGGAGGAGGAGCAAAGAAAGCGUUUGUUGAACUUGGAGGCACCUGAAAGAGGCGUUUGUGCUUCUCAGCGCUCCAGAUUUGACUUUAGUUCGGCCAUGGAGAGUGAACGAAGCGAACUGCUCAGUAAACUUCGUGAUACCGUGGCUUUGAUGGUGAGACUUGAAGGACAGUUACGCACCCUUUCCGCCUCCACACUCUCGAUGUCUUCCUCAUCAUCUUUAGGCUCCUUGUCCACGUCAAGUCGAGGCAGUGCUUCCAGUCUGAGUUUCACCGACAUUUACGGCGGUGGCUAUCAAGGUGUGCAUUAUGCCAGCAGCGAGCACUUGGCUCAGAGUGUUGCAGACCUGCAGCGACGUGUCAACAAGCUCUUGAGUGCCAACUCUCAGCAAGACAAACUGUAUGCUGAAAAGUUACGUCUUCUACAGGAAGGCGUGAUCACGAUCUCCCAGUCAACACUCUCGUUAUCUCCGAGAAGUUCUUUAUCUUCCUUGUCACCUCCCACCUCAUGUGAUCCACUAGCUAUGCUCGAUUCAAAUUCUUGUGAAGUGGAUGAUUAUAACACAACAUUAACGCCGAGCGAUGGAGCCGCCAACUCCACCGUCAACGCUCUACCAGAAAGCCUGGAAGAACAAGUGCAGAAGCUAUUGUCUGGCAAUGACGUGGCAAAUGAGUUCAAAUCAAACCCCACACUCAAUAUUGUUGAUGGAGAUCUCGAAUGUGAUGAUGAUCUUAAAGCUAUAAACAUACGCUUAAGAGAAGUAGGACUGCUGGCAGAAAGUGGAGCUGUGAGUGGAAGUUCACGUAAUUUAUUGCAUCACCGAAGUUCUGACGCCAUACAUGCUACAGGAAUGGGAUCGCAUGCAUUGCAGCACCUACAAUCCCUCCAAAAUCUGCCCCAAUUCCUGCAAAGCAAAUCCAUGAUUGAUUCUUCAAAGCAGGACAAUUAUAACAGCACUCAUGAUUCAGUGGCGGGAAGAUCACUAACAAGAACUGAAAGUUCACCGAUGGCGCACAAUAUUCCGUCUAUGCACGACAUUGGAUCCUCGAUUCAUUGUGGUUUGAAUGCCUCGAGCAACUGCAGCGUUGCGCCGCUGCACCUGGGAGGCCUCAAGGCUAGAGAUGCGUCAGUCCUGGACCUGCACAAAGGAACUGCUGACGGCGGUUCAAAUGGAGGGAGUGAGAGCGGAGGCAGGGGAAGCAUGUCAGCUGCCGUCAGUGAUGAGAGCGUCGCCGGAGACUCGGGUGUAUAUGAAGCUUAUCCCAAGAACUCUCCAGAUUGUCCCAAUACUCCACAAAUUCAGCUAAAAUUGAGAUACUUCAGUGCGGACGCUGUUCUGCAGGUAUGCGUGGUGAAGGGCCGCCACCUCAACACGCUGAGUGUGCCACCUGAUGCUCUAGUAUGCGUCAAGAUCCACCUGGUGUCAGGCUGCACAAAUCUCCCAAAAGAAGAACCUAUUAACAAUAGCAAUCCACAUGACACUCUAGCUGAGUCAUCCAACACCAGUGUCACGUGGUGCACACAUCCUGAAGCAGACCUCGAGAAACCGACCUUUGGUGAAAGCUUUACUUUCCCAAUAGCAAGCUGGAGCCGCCUACGCAGCAACACAUUACAGCUCAAUUUGUGGGCCCUCAAACCAACACAAGAUGAGGCGCAAGAAGUCCAUGUGGCGUUUGCUCAAGUAAGUCUGGCUGAUUUCUGGAGCACGAGUUGCGAGGUGCUAUGGGUGAACCUGCUUCACUUCUCGCUGUUGGCUCCGUCGCAUGCACACAACGUUCAGAAAGUUACAUCGCCUCGGGACUCGUCUGAAGGCUCACAGCCUGCCGCCCGUGUUGACAGUUCUAAGGCAACGACGUCUGAGCAUACGACCUGUGCUGCUCAGUCCAGUUCUGCUGCACUGCUUGACUCGGCAACAUCUGGCAUUCGCUCCACUUCCUCAACAUUGCGUUCCUGUGCUUCCAAUGCCAAGGAGGAAAGUAGUGAUGAGUCAACGGUGAUCUCAUCACAAACCUCGACUUUAACACGCAACGUGGGGCCGGAAUGCUUGCGUCUGAACCUGCACGGGUACCAUCAUCACGGCGUGGGAGGGGAGCUCAGUGAGGACCUGACCUGUGUCAUUGAUUCUGACGAAGAAGAAGACGAGAGCGACAGCGAUGACUGCCAGGAGGACAUCAUUGAGCGGCUGCUUGAGGACGCAAAGGACACAGUUGUUGAAGAUUGCGACGUGGACUUGACGUUGGUGGAGACGGCCGAGAAGGCCACCAACACCGAGUGUGUUACGGUGCCUGUAGCAGGGACACGUGCUCGCACUCCCUCAGUUUCGGAUGCGUCUAGAGCAGGUCUGAUGGGUGCCUCGGCUAGUGAGGGAGCAAGUGGCGUGCGUGCUACGCUGUCUACUAUCAUGGGUGCUGCUCUUAUUAAACGGUCACAGACCUUCACACCAUCUGCUGCUGCCUCUUACAACAAGAACAUCUGCAGGCUGAACCGUAGCGACAGCGAUAGCUGCGUCGGUCUGCACCGCAGCUGCAGCAGCAUCUACUGCAGCGCCUCCUUCCAGCGCGGCUCUCCUCACCGCCGCUCCCUGCGCUACAAGACCAGCGCCGCCCUCAGCGUCCACACUCCCACUAUCAGCAGUGCGUGUACGAGCCCCACGUCCCUGGACUUGGCUCUAGACUUGGCAGCUCAGAAGCAGCGGUUGACGGCCCUACAACAAGAGCUCGAGUCGCUGCGAGCGCUGAAGCAGCAGUUGCACCAAGCGGCCCUAGAGACGCGCAGUAAUAACACGCCGCCUACGUGGCUCAACUCGCCCCAAACUAAACGCACCAUCAAUAAACUGGCAAGCGGCGCAGGCUUGAGCGACACGCCAGAGGAGCGCAGAGUGAGCAAAGUCUUGCGACGCACCAAGCGCGAGAUCCACAAAUUACGGCACUCACGAACGUCUCCUACACAACCUGACUUGCUCAGUUUUAAAGAGAAGAUGGCAUUCUUCCUUUAUAGUCCAACUAAGAGCUACACUGUUGAUCCCAGCGAUGUUGAGUCGAUUUCUGUGACUGGAAUGGAAAAAAGUAAUGUACUCUCGGGGGGUGCCAACAUGGCCGUUUUUUCCCGUGACGAUGAAACUCCGGUCUUAAAUACCGAUGCCUCUGCUGGAGCUGAUACGUGUACUCUGGACGAAAACACGAAUUUCAGUAGUUCUACAAGCACCAAUGCUUGUGCCGGCGUUUUGCUUCCCAAUUCGAAUUUUGCCUCCUCACUCGACGAAUCUUCAGGUGCUAGUGACAAGUCUCAAGUCCCAUCUUCCGUUGCACUACCAAACCACACCGAAAUGUCCUCAGCAACUCCAGCUGAAAAACUUAUAACGAGAGUAACUUUAAAUUCGCCGUUGUGUCGGUCACCUCAUUUUGUUACAUCGACUCCCUACCGCCUCAGUAUAGGUGACAAGACCAUUUCUCCUGUGCCUCCAACUCCCGUGAGAAACGAAUCUUUGCUGUCGUCCAACGGCGGUGCCAAAAGCAAGAGACUGCCUCGUGAUCCCAGCCCUGUGCCAAGUGCUGUGCAUGCUACUCUGCCCGCCAGAAUAUCAGUGACCAUCAACCCUGACGAUGGCUGCGACAACAAAGUCGACGAUGAGGAAGAGGUGCCCGUCGUACCUAAACGUACCACAUCUCUGCUGCCCUCGGAAAAAGUCGCCCACCGCAACCGCAGAGCUUGUCCUUCAGAAAGCUUCGCUUGUCCCAGUAGCUCUUCUGUUUCUUCUGAAUUCCGUCCAACAGGAGAAAUUCGGUCGUUAAAUGAGAGCAACCUUACCUCGGCUCUGUCUCAUUCUACGCCAUCUGUUGACUAUAAGAACUUUUUGAGCCGACCCGCAAUUCCAUCUUUCGCUCUCAAUAAUGAUAAGGGAAGCACAAAGAGUGUAACUGAUCACAGCUCAGUGAAUGGUUUCAGUGAAAUAGCCAUUAAGUUGAGGCCUUCCAGCAGUUAUAAUAGUGGUACAAAUUGUGAGAAUGUUUUGCCGUCAUGUGAAGGCGGUGUUAGGAGUUCAUGUGCUGGACAUGUUGGUGGUCAAACUGUAAUCCCGAUCACUGAGAACCACAUCGCUAAGAGUGAUGCACUCUGUAGUAUUAAAUUAGUGAUCAGCAAUAAGGAGACGGACGUCUGCACUUCUUCUGACGUCUCUUUGACGAGUUCCGCCAGUGUCAGCUCGGGAGGUCAGACGCGCCAGCUCGCUGCCCGCCAGUUGCUGACUAGCAGCGACGCAGCGAGCGCUGACACCGAGCUUUCUCGCCCUGCUAGACCGCACGUUCUUUUCGACAGUGAUGACUUGGGAGUCGAAGUUUAAUAUCUUCAUUUGCAUGUUUAGUUCCAACGUAAAGAUUUAUGGAUUAUGUGCAUUGUUGCAUUACUUGAACUUAUUUCAUUUAAUUUCCUGCACAGUUUAUUGAAAAUUCAGUGCCUUCCAUUCACUGAAGGUUCCAAUUGCGUUAUCCCAUUUCUGUAGGUAGAGAGAGACUGAACUUCGGGAAAGUAUUAUCCUAAUUUUCAAUGGAAAUAAGUUUGCUGAAAACACUUCGAGGAAAAAGUUCUAGAAUACAGUAUAGUGCUGCUUGUGCAUUAAUCACACAUGUGGAAUCAUAGUACGUCACCCAGUGUUCAGUACAGACUUUGGUGAUGAUCCCGUAGCGUGCUGACCAAGCGGGUGCCUCUAACGACAGCUAUGUUGUUUUAAGAUUCUGAUAGUGCUGCUGGUUUUGGUUCUGCUUGAAUAGUUAUUUAGUGAGGAGAACCUGAAUUUACGAGCGCGUUUUUCUUGUCACUGCGAUUCUCCUAGGAAACAUUCACCCGAAGAAGCUUCUUCUCGUGGUCCCCUAGCAAGUCUGGAAUGUUCUGUUCAUGAGAAUGGUAAGUCUUCGUGACUUUUCAUUUCAGGGGAGUUGUUUAGUACGCGAAUAUUUUUUUUACAUUUAGUUUUACUCAAUAGUGAAAUUGGUGUAUGGUUGCCAUUCGUUGUUGCACGUUUGUACGGUUUUCCAAGUGUCAAUUAUGAAAUUUGUCAUAAAAAAACUUAUUUUGGGCACUCGAAACGAGAGGCUUGAUAGCGAAGUUCUGUUGUUUGUAAAAGAUGAAUUGCAUGACAUGACUAAUAUCGGACGCGAAAUAUUACAACUCAGUGCUUCUAACAUGUGCCUUCGCUGACAGCGAAGUAAUCAAGUGUCUUCUUUCUCGACGUCGUGACAAAGUUGUAGUGUACUUGUGGAUGUUCUUAGUUGUUAAAUAUAAUGUGUACACAAAUAGUAUAGUCUUAUAUAUCUUGUAGAUCUUGUACCUUUGAUGUACUCAUGCCAUGUGUGUGUAUAUACAUGUAUUUGUAUGCCUGCAAGUGACAGCCAUUAUUAUUGGAUAAUUACCAUGAACGUGUCAUGAUGUUACAGCAGCGUCUCAUUGCUGGUGCUUGAAAAUGAUCGUAAAUUCCCCACUCUGUCUAAUGGGUCUUGGCAGAGAGGAGGAAAAAUGCCAAGGUUCUCGAGGUGCCACAUGCAUGUCAACUGCGCACUCUGUGCCUGCCUAUCUUCUAAUUCAAUCAAUUUUUGGCUGUGGAUGAAGAUUUAACUCACUGCCGCUUAGCUUGCUAAUUUGGGGUCUGAACUUCCCAUGCUGUUUUUCCGGUGCGACGCAUAUAAUACCUAUCCUAUUUUCCGACUCACACUGUCUGAUGAACUCCAUGCCUUUCCUUGUAAAUCGAUUUCUAUGACUAUAUUUCUCGUCUAGCAUCAUCCAUCUUACCAAGCAGCAUGGACUUGAAUAACAACGUUCCGGCCUGUAUGGCUAGUACACCUUAAAUUUGAUGAAAUUCUUUCCUUUGCGUUUAAUAAUAACUGCUCAGUUGAAUUCAAAGUGGAAUAACUAAAAGAAUUUAAUGAAGCCAUUCAAGUUGAUGAAACUUACAGGUUGUCUGUAGGUUAGUUGUAUGGAUGUCGUCGUUACAAUAGGCUCCUUAAGCACCAACUUGUAGUGCUGUGUCAUAAGUAAUACAUUUGGGCUUUUUUAUUGUGUGCAAUUUCAUUGUUGUGUUAAUGCUUUGUUCAGUUGAGAUCAUGAAUGAGAAAGGAUUCGAGCGCCAGAAUUUAGAACCUGAUUCUUAUCAACGAUUGCGACGGUCGGCCACUGGUAAUUGUAUCUCUGAGUUCGUAAUACUAGAUUGGAAGAUUUUCCUCCUAACGCACAGUGAAUGAGUACUACUUGAUAUUCGACGUAUGACAACUCUUGCUCUAAGUUACGUACGAUUCGCUUCAAAGGAACAGCGCUUCUGUACCUUCUCUUCCGGUGAAGUCAGCGUGAGCAAAAAUUAAGGAUAACAUCAUCGUUUCUUCAAUAAUUACCCCGAAUGUUGUACUUAGUAAGGUCCAUAGACACAUCCAUGUUACCUUGUUAUUAAUAACGGUUAUUUUAUUUGCCACGGAAUUUGCUUGCUCAACGUUUACUCAAAUUAUGUAAAAUAUUAUAAACAAAAAUCAAAACAAGUAUUGUUAAUUGGCUGAAUUUAUCAGUCACAUUGAAUAUCUAACAUUUUAGCUGUGUCGUCUCGUGUUGUAAUCGUCCAAGUUCCUGGUUGAAAUGAGCGCAAAAUAUGAUCGCUUGUUAAGUCUACAUUGAAAACUCAGGCUUACCAAUGUGAUAAAACUCAUCAGCCUCGUGUGAAAAAAACGCUUCAUUAAAACAUCGAGUAAAGACGCCUCUGUGUCGUAAAGUUUGUGCAGUCAUAGAGCAAUUGAGUCGCGUGUGCGUCGUUGAGUUCAUGCGGUGGUUAUGGUGUGUGAUUUUGACGGCACAAUUCAUUUCGCUGUCGCAUUCGCAUUUAUUUGGCAAGCUCUGUGCUCGUAUUCCUAGGGUGUAUGCACGACCGGUAGCAGAUUUGGAAGUAGGAACAUGGUUUAGCUGUAGAUUUAAUAUUUUUCUAUUUUGAAUGCCUUGCAAAAAUGAAGUAGCAGAAGUACCCGUGUAAAAAUAUGUACAGAGAAGAGCUAUUUUCGUGCGUCUGGUUAGACGCUCUUGUUAUUUCUUGUAACAAAUGUUAUACAAA